AUGAGUUCGCAUUUUACGCCGGCUGAAGAUGCUCAAUUAAUCAAUUUGUUUCGAGUCUUUGGUUCUCGAUGGCGACAAAUUGCUGCAUUAAUGAGGACGAGAAGUGCUAGAUCCAUUCGCGAACGAUAUGUUCAUCACCUGAGUCCUGGAAUUGAUUUGAGCCCACUAACAUUCGACGAACAGAACAAAAUUCGCCAAUUGCACAAAAUACACGGAUCUAAAUAUGUUCUUAUUGCGAGAUAUCUCUCUGGCAGGACGAGUCUCCAAGUCAAGAACUUUUGUUAUAAUCGCUUUCGACGUGUAACCCAUCCUCUACAGCCCCCGGCUUACACACGCUCAUCCAAAAUGGAGAUUUCGCAGUUGCUGAACUAA